CAAUCAACAGUCUGUUUCUAUACAACAAACAGCAGUCUGAGCAUGGACAAAGUUGCUUAUGUCCAUCCCAUCCUUAUUUUAUUUUAUUUGUAAACCUUAUUACAUAGUAAGAGCUUUAUUUAAGUUUUUUAAGUUCACGACAAAAGUGUUUUAUAAACUUUUCGCCUGGACAGAUUCUAAAACACUGUUUUGACUGCUAGCCAAUCGAGCUAGCUGACUAAGUGGGUUUCCUGACAUUACAUUCAUCAUCAUAUGCUGCGUCUACAUCCUGUAAAUGGGGAACAGCGCUCUGAAAGCUCAUCUGGAAACAUCUCAGAAGACUGGGGUGUUUCAGCUGACCGGAAAGGGAUUGGCAGAGUUCCCAGAGGAGCUACAGAAGCUCACUGGAAACCUGCGGACAGUCGAUCUGUCCAACAACAAAAUUGAGGUGCUUCCUGCAUUCAUUGGAGUUUUCCAGCAACUCAGAAGUCUUACCAUUAGUGGAAAUAAACUAAGUAGUUUACCAAAUGACAUCGGGAAACUCAAGAAACUGGAGACUCUUGUUCUGAAUGGCAACCAGUUGAAGCAGCUUCCUUCAUCAGUGGGUCAGCUGAAGGCCUUGCGGACCCUCAACCUGUCAGGGAAUCGGUUUAAGGAAUUUCCCGGUGGACUUGAAACGCUUCGCCACCUUGAUGUUCUCGACCUGUCCAAAAAUCGAAUUCAGCUGGUACCUGCAGAGGUGGCUGAACUGCAAGCCAUUGAAAUCAACCUCAAUCAGAACCAGAUUUCGACCCUGUCUCCAGAGGUGUCUCAUGCUCCCAGAUUGAAGGUCUUGCGUCUGGAGGAAAACUGUUUGGAGCUCACCUCUAUCCCCAUUGCCAUCCUCACAGACUCCCAGGUGUCCUUGCUUUCCGUAGAGGGCAAUCUUUUCGAAGUUAAAAUGUUACGUGACCUGGAAGGGUAUGAUAAGUACAUGGAACGUUUUACUGCAACAAAGAAGAAAUUUGCUUGAAGAGUUUGAGGCUUCCUCUAGUGCUCUGUGCUGGACUUACUUUAGAGAAGUUACAGCUGUGACCACUGGUUGUAACUGGUUUGGCAGGAUGGGCCAGGAUUUAAAAAAAUGGCCAGGACUUCCAGAGACCCCAGCCCUGCUGGUCAUUACUGUAACAGAGAAUGCAUGUAUGAAUUACUGCAUGGACUGUGCAUUACACUUUCUUUUGCAAUGAUUUUAUAAAGGAAAAUAUAGUGCUGAAUCCGCUUUAUGAGGAUAUUUAAACUGGAGAAUGGUUUAUUGAAUAUUCAAGCACACUAAUGCCCGGUCUAUUUAUAGAAAGUCUGUCCUUCAAAGGCGAAUAUAACAUCUAACAUAUUGUAUGUCCUGUACCCUUUAAAGUACAGUGUAUGCUAUUGCUUAGAAAUUAAUUUUAAUGCUUUAGAGUCAGGAGACAUUUUUUUUUUCACCCCUCGUUAUUUGAUUGGAACAUUGUUUGGAGGAAUAUUUUGGGGGUCAGCUAAUAAGUGGUAAUCCAUUAUGAUUGUAUUUUGAUUGUCCUUCAUAAUUGUGAUCUCAACAUUUCCGUUACAGAUUAUCUGCUCAGUGUUACUUAUGAAGGAACCAUUUUUAAUUAAAUCAAAGGUUGCAAGAAUAUAUAUGGUGAUUACUGUCCAUUUAAUAAAUGCCAGUGUAUAUUGAUAUUUGUAUGCAUUGUGAAUGCUGUGAUUGUUUUUUACAUGCAGCAAGCUUUUUUCAUGAUAUUUGAUACAUAACUCAAAAUGCAUUUUUGUGAAGGAUUAUGUAAUUUGAUGCAGUUUUCGAGAUUUUGGGGCUCUGUUGAAUUUGUUCUGUUCUUAAUUUCAUGCCUACAAUGUGUUCAUUUUGUAAUAGAAUGCUUUCGCAAUUGAAAGUCACCGGCGGUCCUGUUUAUUGUAACGAAUCUAUGCACAUUAUUGUAAAAAUGUUUAAUUCAAACAUCUAAAGAUUUGAAUGUUUUUGAUAUUUUGUGUACGGUAAUCAUUCUAACUGAAGCAGAACUCUGUGAUAUUGGUAAAAUAGAUUAAUAUGGGGAUCCUUAGUGUACUGUCACCUAAAUUAUAGUUCUUUACUACAGCAUUUACCCAGGAAAUAAAGCUCACAUUGUAUUAGAAUUGAAAAUGGUCAUGCAAUUGUGUACAAAAUUGCACAUUAAUUUUAACCUUUGGGAUCAAUAAAGUACAUAUACACAACAUUAAUACCACCUGCCUAAUAUUAAGUAGGUCCCCCUCGAGCCAACAGACUGGCUAGUUUGAGGAUUUUCAUAACUGUUGAUCUCCUGAAAUGUUCACACACAAGUCUCUGGAAUUUACUCGGAAUGGUGCCAAAAAUAUCCAGUGAGUGGCAGUUCUGUGGAUGGAAAUGCCUUGUAGAUGAGAGAGGUCUCAGAUAACCGCUCUGUACAAUUGUGGUGAGAAGUAUCAUCUCAAAAUGCUAUUCGGAGAGGCAGGUUGGCGCCGUUUUGUUGGCAGG